UUCUGAUUGGCGGCAGCUGUAAUCCUGCGCCGGGCGAUUUCGAUUCGGUCAAUUGUGUUAGCUAAUUAAUUAACGUUUUCCAUGUAUUUGUGUCCAGUGCCCGCAUCCGUGAUUCGCAGUAUUCUUACUAACACUUAAUUUAAAGUGCCACUGAGUGAUUAAGGUUGUGUAGUGCAUGUAAUAAACAUAAAGCCAUGCCACAAAAUGGCCUUCCAGAUGAAAUGUCUUCCUUGGUCAUUAAUUCUGGCGAGAAAAUCUGGAUCAACCUUUAUCCAAACGCAUUGUGUAACGUAAAAAAAUCUCUUAAGGGUCAUCUUGAUGAACGGAUUGGCAAAUUUUGCGACAAGAAUGGUGGAAUUUUACUGAGCUACACAGAUCUCAAGUUUCGCGCAAAACACUUCCAGGUCUUCGAGGACUAUCCCAUGUGUCGGUUUCCAGUUUCAAUAACAGCCACUUACUAUAAACCAGAGCCGGGAACAAUCGCCACGGGAACGAUAACAAGGGUGGAUCACAUUAGUGUGACCUGCCUAAUCCAUGGUAUGAUCCAUGUCAUGAUUGCGCUUCGGAAAUCGGUCAAUUUCGACACGUGGUGCGCCCUUGGCCAACAGAUUAUCUUCCAGAUCCGUGGCGGUGAAAUGCAUUACAAAGGUGUCAGAUUAAACGCUAUCGUUACGGAAGAAUGUGUUGAUCGUAUGAGAAUUGCUUUUCCUCCAGAUUCUGUGGCAGGUUCCCGCAAAAGGACAUUCUCAUCAAGCUCCGCAGAUUCUUCAAUGACGACACCGAACAAACAAUUUAAGGGAGAACGUAGUGUCAUGCAUUUAAAUAUACCGUCGAAAUCACUCAAGAGGCGAAAAUCAGGUUAUAUUGACCUUGAGGAUCAACUGAGCUACACUGACGCUUGUAGUCUAGAUGCUUGUGAGGAUGAGGUUAAUAGCAUAGAUGGAUCAUUAGAUUUCGGAACCCCCGGCUUGACAUCAACGCAACUUAGACAAAAUAAGAGGAUGAGAUACAAGGAUGACAAAAUCGAUCCAGAUAAUGAGGAGUUGAAAACUCUGGUUGGUGAUGGAAAUAAUCUUCUUGGGCCGAAGCGCAUCAAAGUUGAGUAUUCGUCACAAGAGGAAACAACACCGUUCCAAUGUAGCAAGAUCCAAAAAAGAAGAGCUCAGUAGGUGUUAUUGACCAUUCAUAUGAGUGAUGUUUGUUAGAGAAAAAUAAGUAGCAGAUACAGUAACAUUACUUUUAGAAACUGCAAAAGAUUUUCUCGUGUAUUGUACAAACUAAUAAAUUUCAUGUGUUAAUACUGCA